AUGAUUUUUCUUUAUUUUCUCUUUUCCCUCCUGUAUCUCCCUUUCUACUCAGCAAGCGAUAACCCCUCUCUUUUGAAGCCUGUAUCUCCUUUCUACUCAGCAAGCGAUAACCCCCUCUCUAUUGAAGCCUGUCUCCUGUAUCUCCUUUCUACUCAGCAAGCGAUAACCCCCUUUUCUCCCUUUCUCUUUGAAGCCUGUCUCUCCCUUUCUACUCAGCAAGCGAUAACCCCUCUCUUUGAAGCCUCAAGCGAUAACCCCAUCUCUAUUGAAGCCUGUCUCUCCCCUUUCUACUCAGCAAGCGAUAACCCCCUCUCUAUUCAUAAGCCUGUCUCUCCCUUUCUUUCUACUCAGCAAGCGAUAACCCCUCUCUAUGAUAACUAUCUUUAUAAGCCUGUAUCUCCUUUCUACUCAGCAAGCGAUAACCCCUGUCUCUCCUUUCUACCCAGAAGCCUCCUGUCUCUCCCUUUCUACUCAGCAAGCGAUAACCCCCUUCUGUUCUCCCUUUCUCAGAAGCCUGUCUCUCCCUUUUUCACUCAGCAAGCGAUAACCCCUCUCUAUUGGAGCCUGUCUCUCCCUUUCUACUCAGCAAGCGAUAACCCCCUCUCUAUUGAGCCUCAAGCGAUAAUCCCCUCUUUAUUGAAGCCCUGUAUCUCCCUUUCUACUCAGCAAGCGAUAACCCCCUUUAUUGAAGCCUGUCUCUCCCUUUCUACUCAGCAAGCGAUAACCCCUCUAUCUCUUAUUGAAGCCUUAUCCCCCAUUUCUUUAUCAGCCUCAAGCGAUAACCCCCUCUCUAUUGAAGCCUGUCUCUCCCUUUCUACUCAGCAAGCGAUAACCCCUCUUUCUAUUCAGAAGCCUGUCCUCCCUUUCUACUCAGCAAGCGAUAACCCCCUCUCUAUUGAAGCCUCAAGCGAUAACCCCCCUAUUAUUGAAGCCUGUCUCCUUUCUCACUCAGCAAGCGAUAACCCCCUCUCUAUUGAAGCCUCCUGUCACCUCUCUCCUUUCUACUCAGCAAGCGAUAACCCCUCUCUAUUGAAGCCUGUAUCUCCCUUUUCUACUCAGCAAGCGAUAACCCCCUCUAUUGAAGCCUCCUGUCUCUCCCUUUCUACUCAGCAAGCGAUAACCCCCCUCUCUAUUGAAGCCUGUCUCCCUUUCUACUCAGCAAGCGAUAACCCUCCUGUCUCUCCCUUUUCUACUCAGCAAGCCCUCUCUAUUGAUAACCCCCUCUCUAUAGAAGCCUGUCUCUCCCUUUCUACUCAGCAAGCGAUAACCCCCUCUAUUUCUACUCAGAAGCCCCCCUCUCUUGAAGCCUGUAUCUCCCCCUUUCUAACUCAGAAGCCUCAAGCGAUAACCCUCUCUAUUGAAGCCUGUCUCUCCCUUUCUACUCAGCAAGCGAUAACCCCUCUCAUUGAAGCCUGUAUCUCCCUUUCUACUCAGCAAGCGAUAACCCCUCUCUCUAUUGAAGCCUCAAGCGAUAACCCCCUCUCUAUUGAAGCCUGUCUCUCCCUUUCUACUCAGCAAGCGAUAACCCCCUCUCUAUUGAAGCCUGUAUCUCCCUUUCUACUCAGCCCCCUCUCUAUUGAAGCGAUAACCCCCCUCUUUAUUGAAGCCUGUCUCUCCUCCCUUUCUACUCAGCAAGCGAUAACCCCCCUCUCUAUUGAAGCCUGUAUCUCCCUUUCUAAUCAGCAAGCGAUAACCCCCUCUCUAUUGAAGCCUGUCUCCCCUUUCUACUCAGCAAGCGAUAACCCCUCUCUAUUGAAGCCUGUAUCUCCCUUUCUACUCAGCAAGCAUAACGAUAACCCCUUUCUCUCUAUUUUAUUGAAGCCUAGCCUGUCUCUAUUGAAGCCUGUCUUUUCUACUCAGCAAGCGAUAACCCCCUCUACUGGAGCCUGUCUCUCCCCUUUCUACUCAGCAAGCGAUAACCCCCCUCUCUAUUGGAGCCUGUCUCUCCUUUCUACUCAGCAAGCGAUAACCCCCCUUUCUACUCAUUGA